UGCGCAUGCGCAGUAUUGGUGUCAGUUUGUGUUUACAGCUCGGCUGGAUGCUGUUGGCUGCUGAUGUUAUUAGGAAAGUGCGAUGUUUUGCCAACCGCCCUCGGAGUAAAUAUCAAUGUGGGAAUAAAGGUGAUUUUGCUCAUCAUAUUCUACCACUUCCUCCUCCUGUCUCUCAUUCAUGAGCAGCGUGGCUGAGUUUAGCAGAGGCAGCCAUGGAUGACAAGGGCUCGGUGGGGAAGAUUAGCGUGUCUUCGGACUCUGUGUCCACUCUCAACAGUGAGGACUUUGUCCUUGUGUCUCGCCUUGGGGACGAGACCCCCUCUUCCACUAAUAAUGGUAGCGAUGAUGAAAAGACAGGAUUAAAGGUGAUUUCUGAGGAAGGGGUCAGCUUUAAGAUUGUGGGCAAUGGAAGCGAGCAGCAGCUCCAGAGGGAGUUAGAAGAUGUUCUCAUGGACCCAUCGGUAGCUGACACUGUCCUCUGUCCUGAAAUGGACAGUCUUAGCGGAAGCCAUCAUGGCCUUCCUUCCACUACAACGUCACCUGUCCCACUGGGCUCAGACCCUCUAAGCAUACCUUCAUCCAAGAUGGAAAUGGUGCUUCCAGUACAGACUCCUCAGGAGAGUGAACUGAAUGAGAGAUCAUACCGAGCAGAUGAAUCGUCAUCAGACGGAAGCCCUGGAAGCCCAAUCCCUGAUGAGGACAGCGUCGUGUUCAGCCAGCUGACAUAUCUGGGGUGUGCUUCAGUCAACGCCCCCCGCAGUGAGGUGGAGGCGCUACGUAUGAUGAGCAUCCUCAGAGAGCAGUGCCAACUCCCUCUUGAUGUCACACUGUCUGUGCCAGGCGUUUCUGAAGGCACUGUCAGGUUGUUGGAACCCCAUACCUGUGUUGAAAUCGCCAACUACCCCAUCUAUAAGAUCCUAUUUUGUGUACGAGGCCACGAUGGCACGCCAGAGAGUGACUGCUUUGCCUUCACUGAGAGUCACUACAAUGCUGAAAUCUUCAGGAUCCAUGUGUUCCGCUGCCAAAUCAGAGAGGCGGUGAGUCGGAUACUGUAUAGCUUUGCCACAGCAUUUCGGAGGUCAGCUAAGAAAGCCGUUCUGUCAUCCCAGCAAGCUGCUCCGCUUACCCCUGACAGUGAUUUAUUUACUUUCACUGUCAGCCUGGAGAUCAAGGAGGAUGAUGGCAAGGGUACCUUCAGUGCUGUUGCAAAAGAUAAAGACAAGCAGAGCUUCAAGUUACGUGCCGGAAUGGACAAGAAAAUUGUCAUUUACGUUCAGCAAACCUCCAAUAAGGAACUGGCUAUUGAGAGGUGUUUUGGUCUUCUGCUGAGUCCAGGAAAAAAUGUGAAGAACAGUGACAUGCACCUGCUGGAUCUGGAGUCGAUGGGAAAGAGCUCAGAUGGGAAGUCUUACAUCAUCACAGGAAGUUGGAACCCCAACAUGUCUCAGUUUCAGGCUGUAAAUGAAGAAACUCCUAAAGAUAAAUGUAUGUAUAUGACAACAGCAGUAGAUCUGGUGAUUACGGAAGUAGAGGAACCGGUGCGCUUUCUGCUGGAAACGAGGGUCAGAGUAUGUUCCCCAAAUGACAGGCUGUUCUGGCCAUUCAGCAAGCGGAGUUACACCGAAACAUUCUACCUUAAACUUCGGCAGAUGGAGCGUAAGGAGUGUAAAAGUCCUGCCUCAGACACACUCUAUGAGGUGGUGAGCUUGGAAAGUGAAACGGAGAGGAAAAACGGGAAAACCACAGCUAGUCCCACCAUCCUGUCCCCAGGGCCUGGUACUUUCAUCCCUUCACCACCUGAGGAUGAUGAAGAAGAAGAUAAUGAUGAACCGUUACUCAGUGGGUCAGGUGACGUUUCCAAGGAGUGUGCAGAAAAGAUUCUGGAGACCUGGGGAGACUUACUGUCUAAAUGGCAUAUGAACUUAUCAGUGCGUCCUAGGCAGCUGCCUACACUGGUGCGGAGUGGAAUUCCUGAAGCUCUACGUGGGGAGGUGUGGCAGCUGCUAGCAGGUUGCCAUAACAAUGACCAUCAGGUAGAGGAGUACCGCACUCUCAUCACAAAGGAGUCCCCUCAGGACAGUGCCAUAACCAGGGACAUUAACAGGACAUUUCCAGCUCAUGACUAUUUCAAAGACACUGGAGGAGAUGGGCAAGAUUCUCUGUACAAGAUCUGCAAGGCCUACUCUGUAUAUGAUGAGGAAAUUGGUUACUGCCAGGGUCAGUCCUUCUUGGCUGCUGUGUUGCUGCUACAUAUGCCAGAGGAACAAGCUUUUAGUGUUCUGGUUAAGAUCAUGUUUGAUUAUGGGCUCAGGGACCUUUUCAAGCAGAACUUUGAGGAUCUACAUUGCAAGUUCUUCCAACUUGAGAGACUCAUGCAGGAGUAUAUUCCAGACUUGUACACACAUUUCCUGAAUGUGGGUCUGGAGGCUCAUAUGUACGCCUCUCAGUGGUUCCUGACACUCUUCACAGCCAAGUUCCCGCUUUACAUGGUCUUCCACAUCAUUGACCUGCUACUGUGUGAGGGCAUCAGUGUGAUCUUCAACGUAGCACUGGCUCUUCUGAAGACAUCUAAAGAUGAUCUGAUUCAAACUGACUUUGAGGGUGCACUCAAAUUCUUUCGUGUCCCGGUUCCAAAGAGGUACCGUUCUGAGGAAAAUGCAAAGAAACUCAUGGAACUAGCGUGUAGCAUGAAGAUUAGUCAGAAGAAGCUGAAGAAGUUUGAGAAGGAGUAUCACACCAUGAGGGAGCAGCAGGAGCAGCAGGAGGCCCCCAUUGAGAGAUAUGAGCGAGAGAACCGGCGUUUGCAAGAAGCGAACAUGCGUUUGGAGCAGGAAAACGAUGACCUGGCACAUGAACUUGUCAGCAGUAAGAUUGCUCUCCGCAAAGACCUCGACAACGCUGAGGAGAAAGCAGAUGCCCUAAAUAAGGAGUUACUGCUGACCAAACAAAAACUGGUGGACUCGGAAGACGAGAAGAGACGACUGGAGGAAGAGUCUGCACAGCUGAAGGAGAUGUGCAGACGAGAACUCGAUAAAUCUGAAUCGGAGAUUAAGAAGAACAGCUCCAUCAUUGGAGAAUAUAAACAGAUCUGCUCCCAACUUAGUGAACGACUGGAGAAACAACAGACAGCCACUCGAGGAGAGCUGGAGAAAAUUCGGUCCAAAGUGGAAGGUUGUGAGAAGUGCAGCAGUCUGUUCAACAAAGAGGGUUGCGUGCGGGCCGUGACCACAGUACCUGUGGGAGGUCCUGAAGAGAUGGAUGAGGAGAAGGAGAGUUUGAAGAACCAGUUGAGAGAAAUGGAGCUGGAACUGGCCCAGACCAAACUACAGCUGGUGGAGGCAGAGUGCAAAAUCCAGGACCUGGAGCAUCAUCUUGGUCUGGCGCUCAAUGAGGUGCAGGCUGCCAAGAAAACAUGGUUCAACCGAACUCUCAGCUCCAUCAAGACCGUUACUGGGACCCAGGGAAAGGACACCACCUAACCCGACACCCUAACACCCCUUACCCAGUUUUAACGAGACUGUCUGGUGCUCAGUCCUUCUUCCCACGCUGAAACCUCUGGACCCAUCACAUAACCUCCCUCCCUGGCUCACAACAUGAACUUUAACCGUUAAACCCGUGGAUGACUGUUAAUGUUGUGUGUUCUUCGUAUCUAAACUCUGCGGGUGUCCCCCCCACCCCCAAUCUACUUGCCCCAAUCCCAGUACACUGCCUCUGCAGAUUUCUAGAGCUAACUACACUGAUGGCAAGAAAAUGUAAGGCGAAGUACAAAGGUCCCACUUUUCUUGGAGAACCAGUGUGCUUCUGGUCGCAGAAAGAAAAGCGUAAAAGAGAAAUGUGAGAUUUUUUUUUGUGUCUUUACUGUUUCUGUACUGCUGAUUUUAAAGAAGCGCAGAAUAAAGGAAGGACAUGAGAACUGUAAGUGUCCCGAGGGGACAGAGAAGAAACACUCCAUCCUUCCUCGCUGUUCUGCCACUACUGGCACAAACAACCCACUAACAUUUUUGUUGUAGGUACGAGAGCUAAUAGGCGCCUUUUCCAAACUAAGCUUUUUUCUUUUUUUAUGUUGAACAAUACUUUUCUCUUUGUACAUGAAUGUGUAGAAGAUGCGUGUGCAUGUUUUGUGUGGGAGUGUGAGCCUGUUUGAAUGCACAAAUAACUGACUGAAGUAACAAACUGUGUAAAGAAACUGAGGGUCCAAGGGAAAGAAAAAAAAAAAGCACUAAUUUAGGUUAUGAUUGUGUGCAUGUGUGAUUCCUGAUUGUCAGUGUGUAUAUGAAAGGUGAUGAGAUGUUUGCUGACAAAGCCUUGAUCUGAAGGUUGAUAAAGGUGACACAAGUCAAUAUGUAAUUUACAGUGAAAUGUAACAUGCAUGAGGUUUGUUCUGUUUGGGGCUUCCAGCACAAUGAGACUAAAAAUGCUCCAAACUGGUAGAAAGAAAAAAGAAAUCUGUACAUGCACUGAAAGAAAAGUGUUGGAUUCACAUAAUUUUAAAUAUGUACAUCGGUUGCACAUAAUCAGAAUGUGUCCAGAUGACAUCAUUUUCUUCUGUUUUUCAUGUAGAUAUUUAAAAUCAUGUUUCCUUUGUUCAGUGUGUUUGUAGAUUGAGUCACACAAAUUUUACAUUUCCUCCUGCAGUAGUGGGCUGACUCCACCCCCCCCCCCCCCCCCCCCCCCAAAAAAAAUGUAUCUGUCGGUCAACGGUCCAACUUGAAAUGUUCACGUUUCUUCCUUUUUGCUUUGGAAACAAGUUAUUUUAGUUACAUUUUCAUUCAAGGUGCUAUAAAUGAUAUUUUAAACAUUGAUAUGGCAGCCAAGAAUUAUUAUGUGUAAAGGUUUAGUGGUGUAUUGGGAUCCUGCACAGAGAACACUCCCUCUGUGUGUGUUGUUAUCUGAGCUUGUUUUUGUUUUCAUUCAUUUUCAGCGUGUUUGCACGUUUAGCACAUGAUUCCGAUGUGUGCAUGUUUAGUGCCUGUGAGUCCUGCCCUGUGACACCGUUUGCUCUCCGCACUUGAAUAAAGAGGCAACAGUGAUGGACCACUCAGAGAGCUCUGUGCAUUAAAGAUGGCAGACUUUGCAGAAGUUUGCGUCUCUGAGAAACUUUGUUCAGAGGCUAAAAAGUCCUGGCCUACAUCACAGACCCAAAUCAAAGUUCUAGCUUUUCCCAGAUCUCCCAAAGGGCUUCAACUGGCAUUCCUUCUACUCUACAUGGAGAAAAGGUGGUGGAGGUGUGGCUGAGAUACCAUUUGGUCUGAGAUGCUGGUGCUACUGCAACAUCUUGUGGCACUCAAUCAUUUAUAGCACCUUUAAAGAAACAAAGCAACUUUCGAAUUAAAACUUUGAUACAUUCGUUAUGUGACAACUGGUCUCUUCGGUGGCUCCUUGGCGACAGUUGGCAUAGGUUUGUAGCAAACAUGCGGUUACUUAGGAGAUGCAGAUGAGGAGUAUCACUUGCAUUGUGAGGGAGAUCUGACAUUUGGUACAUGGGUACCAUAGCAUCGAGGACCUCAGGGGUUGGAGGUUUGCGUUUCACCUGCCUGCAGCAGAUAGAUGGUUACUUUUGAGAGGGGGAUGGCUCUGUUGUCUUCAUUGGGGGGGUUGCCAAGGUGGUUCCAUGGCAUCAUGGAUGCAGCCAUGCACAGCCCUAGCACAGUGCCAGACCUGAGCUGACCUUAUCGCAUUCAUGUCCAACAAUUAACACAAUUUUCUCCAGGCACUGUUUCAGCGCAACCCACUCGCUCUGAACUAAAAGUAACCACUGUUUUAUCAAACAAACAGAAUAUUUGACACUACAUGUACAAAUGAAAACAGAAGACACAAACAUGUCUGAAUCAGGGUCAGUAAGACGGGAAUGAUUGUUUCUAUUUUUUAGUUUAAGGUUUGCAGCCCUGAAAAUAAGUGCUGUAAUACUGCAGCAGAAAUUAAAUAUUCAUACUUUAUGGCUUAUUAUGAUAAAGUGCAACUACAGUAAACAGUGGAUUCUGAUUGGCUGGCAGAUACUAGAAAGUCCAGAAGUGGGCGGUUUCCUCAAUGGCACUGGUUUGUAUAUAAGAAGAACAGAAUACAGAGUUUUUGUUUAUGGUUUUCUACUCUAAUUAAUGUUGCCUGCUUGUACCGACCUACCUGCUGCUGUGCUACCGUUUAAUCCACCAUGUUUUGGGGUUUUGUUUAGUUUUUUGUUCUUUCGGCUCCAAGCUGCUCAGUCAAACUGCUGUUUGGUUUCUUUAGCACCAACACGUAGCUUUAUCAUCCAACAAGAAAGCAUUAUCAAAGUGUGAAAACUGUAAUAGUGUAGGAUGCAUUGUGUAUACUUCAUGAAUUUCAAUAUAAAGACAUCAACA